CUGAGUGUCGGGCUCGCUGACUGGAUGGUUGCUUGUGGCGCGCGGAGGAGCUGUUUGUGGUUGGAGCCGAGCGCGUUUGGCGGGGUGUCCGCCGCAGCUGUAAUGUGGAGCGGUCAUGGUGAGGGUGGCUUUGAGAGUGGCUAUGGAGGGCCUGCAAUUGGUGGAGGAUACUCACAGUCCCCAGGUGGGUUUGGAUCUCCUGCAGCCACCCAGGGAGAAAAGAAACAGCGAUCCCGUUCUCAGAAUAUUGUGCCAUGUACAGUGUCUCAGUUAUAUGCUGCUGAGCAGAUUGAUGAGACAUUCAAGAUCCGAGAAGUAGAGAUCUCUCAGGUUGUUAUCAUGGGGAUAAUCAGACAGGCAGAGAAGGCACCAACCAACAUCCUCUACAAAAUAGAUGAUAUGACUGCAGCCCCGAUGGAUGUCAGACAGUGGGUUGAUACUGAUGAGGCAGGGAGUGAGAAUGUGGUGGUGCCCCCAGGAACUUACGUGAAAGUGGCUGGUCAUCUUCGAUCGUUCCAGAAUAAGAAGAGCCUGGUAGCAUUUAAGAUCAUGCCCCUGGAAGAUAUGAAUGAGUUCACCACACACUUAUUGGAAAUCGUCAACGCACAUAUGGUCCUCAGAAAAAGCAUCAUGACAACAUCAAAAACGCCUCAGUCUCUGGGCUCCUUUGGGAUGGGUGAUAUGGCAAGCUAUGGAUGUGGCAGUAAUGUGCCAGUGAAUGGACUUACAGCACAUCAGAGUCAGGUGUUAAAUUUGAUUAAAAGCUGCCCUGAUCCAGAAGGCUUGAGCCUGACGGAGCUGAAAUCCCUACUACAUAACAUCAAUAUGACAACAAUCAAGCAAGCGGUUGAAUUUCUUAGCAGUGAGGGACACAUCUAUUCCACUGUGGAUGACGACCACUAUAAAUCUACAGAUGCUGAAUAAAGGUGCUUCUGAGAGUUGCCCUAUCUCAUUGGGUUUGGUUCCAUGCAAGCAUCAAUCUAUGCUGCACUUACAGUGUUAUGUGUACAUAUCUUAAAGCAGCUCUACCAAGCUUUUCUCUGCAGAAGGUGAUCUCUGCUACUUACAUCCCUUGAAAGCCACAGUUACUCUGUGAGCAUCCAGAAUUCUCAAAGCAAGAGCAGCAAAGUAAAUGUACAGUAUUCCCCUAAGCAGACUCAAAUAAUAUAAUGAGACAGAGUGACUAAAGCUUAACCAGCUUUUCAGGGGAGAAAUGACCUCUGUGUGAAGAACUGGAAGCUUCAGAGCCUUUGUUCAUCUAGUAUCCUUCUCAUAUAGCACCACUGGUAAGGGGGUGGGAGGGAGUGGGUCUGCCCAGCCUCGUCACUGGCAGAUUGUUCUGAAAUGGCUUCUCAGCGUGGCCAGCCUUCAGCCUCUUUAUGAAUUAAAGAUGGGAUAUUCUUAGAGAGUCUGCCAAGGUACAGUGCUUAAGAAUAGUUGUCUACUUUCUGCACUUCUUACAUCUAUAUUUGUAUUACAGGAUGAUCCUGUUAAUGAAACUUUUGAUAUUCCAAUAAAACUUUUUAGUUUGGGAUGGAUUUGCUUGUGGUGGGCAUUCUCAAAGGCAGAAAAGCUUCCACCUUGAUGGAACUUACCCCUGGUAUAUUCCCUGAACUGAAUAAACAGAUCCUGUACUUUCUCCUCCUGUGAUGGCAAAUGCAUCAAGCCUUUGGAGUAAACUUUUUUUAAAGGGUUAAACUUUCACAAAAAAUGUGAAUACCAUAGAAAGGUCAGAAACUAAAUGUAACACUCCAGGAUUUUUGUCUUUAUUAAAAACAAAGAUAACAUCAGAAGUUCUAAUUCUGCUGAUGACCCAUGUGGAGCUCACUACAUAGUUCAUCAUGUUGAACUUUUUUCCUCUCUUUAAAAAUAAUAAUUUCCUUCUUUAAAAUAAAAAUAAAGUUGCAAAAAUAAAGCACUAAUAUUUAGGAAAUGCCAGAAUUAAGGUUGCCUACAUAAACUUUGCUUCAGCCCCCUUGUGCUUAUGCAUCAUCAUAACUACUUGCAUGACCAUUUUAUAUUUUUUUCCACAGGUUCCCUGCCUCAUUCAGUUAAUGAUGCCCACUGUAUGGGUACCUAGUCAGUAUUUUUUUAUCCUCAUUCAGUGUGGGACCUCAUGCUUAUUUACUGUACACCAUCCAAACCCUGCACAGAAUAAGAAAUUUUCCCAGGGGCAUUUUUUAUGGCAUUCAUUACUGUAGCACCUGUGUGGCACUGAUUACUGAGUGUUAAAGAACUUAGAUGGGGAACUGUGGCCAAGUUUAAGGCCAAAAUUAUUAAGUGCCCAACUUUGGAUGCCCAUGGCCUGAUUUUAUUUCUGAGUGCUUAGUGUUUUUUAGCACUUUAUAUAUUCCCAGCUGUCACUGACUUCAGUAGCAAAAGUGAGUGCUUGGCAGGUCCCGUGUAUCUCAUGUUGGGCACCCAGAACAUGAGGAACACACAGUGACCCUCUGGGAGAAGUUUGGCUUAAGUGACUUGUCCAGCAUUAAGGAAUACCUAUCUGGUGGAGGUGGGAAUGGAGUCAUUUUCCAGGGUAGCAUUCAACUGCUUUAACUAUGAGUCCCCUGCCUUAUUUGCUACUACCCAGCUUCCGCAACAAACAAGGCAGGGGUCCUACAGACAAUAGCUUCCUUCAGUACACAACCCUGAUUGAGUAUCUGAGCAACAUCUGUCCAGUGCACUAAAUGAGGCAGGGGUCCUGUGAUUUAAAAAAAAAAAAAAAAAAAAAAAAAAAAGGGAGGGGGGAGCAGCAUGAUUGGAACUGGGUUGUAAUUAACAAUCUUGAAUCUGGCACUUCUCCAUUUCAAUUGCUUCAAUUUGCAAUCUUAAUGUUUUCUAUGUAGUCUUUUUAUAUGUAAAUGAGAGUAAGGUUUUACUGCUCUUUUGGCACUGCAGAAGCUGUCCAGCUUUGGAAGCUGGAGCUGGAUUAUUGUUCACACAUCAACAGAACUGGCUUUGCCCUCUAGUGUCUUCAGAUUCUGCUCCAUUACACCUGUGCAAGCCCACUGAAUGCAAUAUUCUCUUCAGGUUCUCGUUGCAGCAGAGCUGUGCCAAGGGUAUAAUUUUGAGGACAAGUGAUGUACAGGUAUAACUAGCAGUUUUGGGGGUAUGGACUCUAGUGAUGCAAUGUAGAUAUAUGAAAAUCAAGCUAGUGCAAUAAAAACCCCACAGUGCUGGGUCUCAGCCAACUCAGGUGCACAGCUUGGACUGUUGAACUAAAAAAUUGGGCUUGGGCUGGAGCUGGGCUCUGAGACCCUCUGCCCUAUCACCAAGCUCCAGAUCCCAGUAUGCUUUUAAAGAUUUU